AUGACAUCUGAUUCCUAUGAUGAGCAGUUGGAUGAUAUGAUACAGCUUUUUCAAGACUACAAGUCUGGAUCAGUAAAGCUCGAUAAUAUAACAAAGCUUUGCCAAACGCUCGGCCUGGAAUCGUUUAUAGAUGACAUAAACUCUGAAAUCUCAAGGUUAUCGACUGCUUCCAAGAUUAUCGUGAUAGAUAUUGACUUCGACAGGAACCAGGGUAAGGUUGCUGACGUUAAAUUGGUUCUAGCGUCGAAUUUCGAUAAUUUCAACUAUUUCAUUGACCAGCCCGAGUCUGCUGCUACAAGCAACAACAUCGUGUUAAACUCACUGGCUCUAUAUCCUGACUUGCAUGAAUUUCAUCACAAUUUGAAGUACUUAUACCUACUAGACACAUAUUCGAACAUCGACAUCGACACAUCAAAUACGACAAAUAAUGGCAGUACAAACGGUAACACCUCCGGUGCUAUCAAUAAUGAUAAUGGCAAUAAUAAUAGCUAUUCAGGCAAGCUAGAUCUUUUCAAAUAUUAUACGGAGCUAGCGCAUUUCAUUAAACACUACUUUACCGCGAACUCUGCUCCUUUUAAAGUCCAAACUAACUUGAAUAAUAGAUUCGGUAUCUACAUAUCCACAGUCAAUGGUGAUAAACCAUUGGCCAAAAUAUAUUUGGAGAAAGCCGACGAUCCCCAGCAAAGGCUUUAUGAGUUCAUAUUCAGUGAAUCUAAUGGAGAUUGGGUAAACGAGUCUGCUGAAAAUUACACAUAUGGAGUUUCUCUCGUUCUGGAAUUACUAGAAGAUAAUCUUUCCUCGUGGUUCCCACGAGACUUCAUUCCAGAUGAUCUUAUAAAAGGGGCAGGUGCUAGUUGUGGUGCCAUUAGCGGGAAAGAUACUGACCCUUUUAAUCUAAAUGAAGUACUUCAAGGUAGCAAAUACAAACCCGACUGCAAUAAGAAGUUUGAGGUAACCAAUGACUUUACAGCUGAAUUAGUACGAAUCAGAAAAUUCAAUGUGGGCAACGAUAAUUUAGGCCUAAUCUUAGAGAUAUUAAAUUGGGUCCAGUGGUCACAGACAGUGUUGAUCAAAAUAUUUUCUCUUUUGAUUGGUUCUGAUGAGAUGUCUGCUGCAUCAUGCGAUAAUGCAAGCCCAGAGAGCCAAUUGUCAUCUGGAGCACCUCGGGCAAGACGUUCAAGUGCUUCAAGAAGGCGGCGUUUCUCUAAUAAAAACAGGCGCCCUAGUCUUACUGAGGCGGCCAUGUUGAAAGACGAAGGUAUUCAGCAAUUUACUUUGAAUGAAAUUAUGACGGAGCCAUCCAGUGUCGUAGACGCCAACCUCAGUGAACAACCUGCAGAGAGCUCUGUUCCCUUAAGUGCUUUAGCUAAUGAUGUCAAGAUGGACUCGGAAGAAGCUAUAGGAGACGAUGAGGAUAUAUUGCAGCUAGUGGUAAGUGAAGACCACGUAUCGCUAGGUGAUAUUGCACGAUGUACCUUGUAUGAGAGUCGUGACAAUUGGGACCAGUUCAUCGAAGCACUUCAAAAGCAUGUGGUAUGA